UCACUCCGCCGCAGCGCCGCUCCCCUUCCCUCCCGACGGUUACAACCCAGCGACCAUCAUAUCGCUCCUGUCCAGGCUCCAGCGGCGGGCGCCCCCAUAUCCUGAAAUCUCCAAUUCGUUCUCCUGCUCAGCAUCUGUAUCUUCAAUCUGCGGUCCUCUAGCAGUUAAUUGCUUUGAAUUUACUCUGUGGAGUUGCAUGACUUUAGAAGAUGCUUUGUUGGAUUUUGGGUUUUGGAAAAAGCUACAAGUUUCCGUGUAUUCACUACCGUAAUCUAGGGUAUAGACACAACCAAAGAUACAAUUUGGUUAAUGUAAGGUUGAAAUGGGUAAAGGAUAGUGUAUUAGAUACUGUUGUAACAGGUGAAAGAGAGCUCAGAGCAGCCUGGGUAAUUGUGUCCAUUAUAGCAGCUGACUAUGGUGGUUGCCUCCCCAUCUACCGGCUUUCCGGCCGUCGGAGAGGCCAAUUGGGUCUUCCCGAAGACCUCAAAAUUUCCACCUUUAUGAGAAGAUACCCAAAUAUUUUUGAUGAAUUUCAUGUUCCUGACACCGGUGGUACUCUUGUUCCUUGGUUUAGAUUGACCCCAGAUGUUAUUAGACUAAAUCAAGAAGCAAAUGCAGUUUUUAGACAACAUGAGAAAGAUUUCCUUGAUAGGCUUUGCAAGCUUCUUAUGCUCACUAAAGAUAUGAUUCUUCCGUUACCAACAAUAGACCAGUUGAAAUGGGAUUUGGGUUUGCCUCAUGAUUAUGUUGAUUCUUUCAUCCCAAAGUACAAGGAUGUUUUUUCUUUAAUUCGCCUUCCUGACGAUCGUGUUGCUUUAAAGCUUAUAUCGUGGCCCAAUGAGCUUGCUGUUUCACAAUUAGAAAUGAAUGCUCUUAUGCAACAAAAAGACGAAGAUGUUAUAGCUGGUAGGUUGGGUUUUCGUAUUGGAUUUCCAAGGGGAUAUGGGUUAAAGAGGAAAUCUAUCAAGUGGUUGGAGGAGUGGCAGAGGCUUCCCUAUACUUCGCCUUACUAUGAUUCAAGCCAUUUGGAUUCACGGACGGAUGUUUCUGAGAAAAGAAUCGUGGGAGUGUUUCAUGAGCUUUUGCACCUUACCGUGCAAAAGAAAACUGAGCGCCAAAAUGUUAGCAAUCUUCGAAAGCCACUGAAUCUUCCGCAGAAGUUCACUAAGGUCUUUGAGCGCCAUCCUGGCAUUUUCUACAUUUCCAAGAAGAACAACACACAAACUGUUGUUCUGCGGGAAGCAUAUGAUCGUCAUCAACUUGUUCACAAACAUCCCAUCUCUGAAAUCAGGGAUAGGUUUGCAUGUCUGAUGAAGGAAGGGUUUCUGGAUAGGAGCAAAGGCUUAUAUAAGGAACACCCUGCUACAAGUUUAGGUGAAGAUGAAUCACAUGUGUUUGAGGCUGAAUCGUUUGCAAAUGAGUUUGAAUCGGAAGAGGAAUCCGAGGCUCAUAUGUUUUCGGAGUAUGAAUCUGAUGAAACCACUCAUCACUUCCGAUUGUCCAAAUAAUGUUUUGUUGCCUAUUUAUGUGGUAAGUUAUCUUGUGAUCUGUUUCUUCUUUUACAAGUGUUUGAAGAUGCACAUACGCUGACUAACAUAUCAACUUUGCAAAACAAAAAUAGUAAUAAUAUACAUGAAUCACUCCAUUUCUUGCCUCCUGUAGUUGUUUUUGUAUAUAUACAUUAUCAUGUAAGACAAAGACUAUAUGUAUUUUAUACAAUGGACGAUCAUGAAAAGUCAACCUGUCUUGUAUAUGACAUCAUUUUUCUUUUA